AUGUCAUUAAAUUCACAAAAUGUAGUGCAAAAGCGAUUUGAUAAUAUCAUCAAAUCAUUAGAGGAUAAACGAUUGUAUCGUGGGCUUAUUUUUAACAAUGGCCUUCGUGCUUUAUUAAUAUCUGAUUCAACGACAGACAAAAGUGCUGCUUCUUUGGACGUAAAUGUUGGUUAUAUGAUGGAUCCUUGGGAAUUGCCUGGAUUAGCUCAUUUUUGUGAGCACAUGCUUUUUCUGGGAACUGAUAAAUAUCCUAGUGAAAAUGAGUAUUUCAAAUUUAUUUCUAAUCACGGUGGUCUGUCGAAUGCUUUCACUUCAUCCGAUCAUACUAAUUAUCAUUUUGAUGUUGCACCAGAUUACUUAAGUGGAGCGUUGGAUCGGUUCGCGCAAUUUUUCCUCUCUCCCCAAUUUACAGAGAGUGCAACUGAACGAGAAGUUUAUGCAAUAGAUUCGGAAAAUUCCAAUAAUUUACAAAAUGAUAGUUGGCGCAUUCUACAAUUAGAAAGGUCACUAUCAAAAGCAAGCCAUGACUAUGGAAAGUUUGGAACUGGGAAUAGGAAGACGCUUCUGGAAGAUGCACGAGCGAAAGGAAUCGAACCGCGUUCUGCAUUGCUGAAAUUUUAUAAUGAUUAUUAUUCAUCAGAUAUAAUGUCGCUGUGUGUUAUUGGACGUGAAACACUGGAAGAACUUGAAAAUAUGAUAAUUGAAUUGGGGUUUGGCAACAUUAAACGAAAGAAUCUUGAACGAAGAACAUGGACUGAGAGCCCAUAUGGAAAGAAUGAGCUAGCGAAAAAAAUUGAGGUUGUUCCAAUAAAAGAUCUUAGAUACCUUUCAAUUAUUUUCCCGAUUCCUGAUUAUAAGGAUGAAUAUCGAGCGCAGCCGUGCCAUUAUUUAUCCCAUCUUAUUGGUCACGAAGGGCCAGGAUCUCUUUUAUCUGAAUUAAAACGCAAAGGAUGGGUGAGUUCUUUGUCUGCUGGAAAUCGCCAAUUAGCUAGAGGAUGCGAACUUUUCCAUAUUUCCGUGGACCUAAGUGAAGAUGGCCUCUCACACUGUGAAGAUAUUAUUCAACAAAUAUUUCAUGAAAUUGGUUUAAUUAAAAGGGCCGGUCCUUUAAAGUGGAUCCAUGAGGAAUUGAAACAGUUGGCACAAAUAAAAUUCAGAUUUAAGGAUAGAGAAACACCAAUCAAUUACACAACUUAUUUAUCAUCUGAGCUGCAGCGAAUACCGUUUGAAGAUGUUGUUUGUUCAAAUUAUAAAAUGGAUCAAUUUAAGCCAAAGUUGAUCUCUUCGCUUUUGGACCUUUUAAAUCCUGAAAAUAUGUUAUAUGCUGUUGUAUCGCAAAAUUUUGCUAACAGAACUGGGAAUGUUCGCGAAAAAUGGUAUCAAACUGAAUAUAAAAUGAAUGAUUUGGAUAAGAGUUUUAUUUCGAAGUGCCAGUCCGCCAUCAAAAAGGUACCGGAAACGCUGAAACUUCCUCUUAGCAAUGAAUAUAUUGCUACGAAAUUUAAUUUAAAAAGAAGGGAGGAAACAACACAUGCAUCUCCACGGUUAAUUAGAAAUGAUGAGUGGUCGCGUGUGUGGUUUAUGCAGGACAAUGAGUUCAAACUGCCAAAAUGUUCUGCAAAAUUAGCAUUGCAUUCACCUAUGAUGUCUGCGGACCCAAUGAAUAGUUUUUUGGCAGCAAUGUAUGUUGUUUGUCUGCAGGAUGCAACGGCUGAAGAAACUUAUAAUCCAUAUUUAGCUGGCCUUUCCAGCAAUAUUGAAGUGGAACCGUGGGGUAUUUUGGUAAAAGUGUCAGGUUAUGAUGAAAAGCAGCGGCUUUUCAUUAAUUAUCUAGUUCGGCGUUUGAUAACUCUUAUUCCAGAUGAAAAGAGAUUUGAAAUACUCAAAGAAAAUUUUUGUCGUAAUCUACGGAAUUUUCGGCAAUCGCAGCCCUAUAUACAAUCACAGUAUUAUACAUCAAUGUUACUCAGUAGUUGUCAGUGGACGAAAGAACAAAUUCUAAGUUGCGCGAAUAGAUGUGAUGUCGGACGACUCAAAAAAUUUAUCAAUGAAGCAUUUCAAGCCACGUAUUUGGAAGUUUUAAUAUAUGGGAAUAAAACAGAAGAGGAGGCGCAUUCCAUAGUGGAUGAUGUCUUAGGGAUCAUUAAAAAUAUCGCUGAUGUAAGGCCUCUAUUCCCAUCCGAGUGUCAUAAAAACCGAGAACAUAAACUAUUAAGAGGUCGCUCACUUGUAUACAAAGGUUUCCAAACAACCCAUCCGAAUUCUUGUAUCGAUUAUAUUUUGCAAUGUGGAGUUCAAAAUACAAGAAAUAAUGUAUUGUUGGAAUUAAUUGCACAGUUAGCAGGUCAACCUGCUUUUAACAAACUACGGACCAUUGAGCAAUUAGGUUACAUGAUUCACACGGGUAUUCGUAGAAGCCAUGGAACACAAGCCUUACAAUUAAUUGUUCAAGGAAAACAUGACCCAGAAUUUGUGGAGGAAAGAAUUGAAAAUUUUCUCGCUGAAUUCAGAUUAGAUGUGGAGAAAAUGCCUGAGGAAGAAUUCUUAGAUAAUGUGGAAGCUCUCGCAGCUAGGCGCUUGGAAAAGCCAAAGACCUUGCGUGCCAAAGCAAAUCGUUUCUGGUCAGAAAUCGACCAAGGAUUCUAUCACUUUAAUCGCGAAGAAACUGAGGUGCCAGCACUUCGUCAACUGCAAAAAGCGGAUGUAAUUGAAUAUUUCGAUAAAUAUUUAGCAGUUAAUGCGGUGAAACGACGGAAAUUUUGCUCUCUUGUGUAUGACAAUUCUACGGAUGAGGAUGACCUCAAGAAGAAAACCCGCGUGAAACGAACUGCUUCUGGUGAUGGACCGGAAUCAUUGAGAAUUAAAGAUAUUCAAUCAUUUAAAACAAUAUUACCACUUUAUCCAUUGCCUCAGCCAGUGAUAGACAUAUCGUUUCGUGCUAUGAAUGCUACUGAAAAUGGAUUGGUUGGCCAUUAA